GCAUCAACCCGCUGACUGCCAUGGUGGAGCCGCUGUCCGCGGUGGCGUCGCAGGCGCCCUCGCCUGCCCUGGUCCUGCGCCUGGCGGAGGCCCUGCCAGGCGCGGUGGACACCCCGGGGAGCGCCAAGGAAACCGACGUGGCAACGGCCUCGCCAGGGAGCCAGGUGCUCCGGAUCGCCGAGGCCCUCCCUGGGCCGGAGACGGCCUCUGCCGAGUUGCCUACGCGCGGGUCCGCUGGACACCGCUUCGGCGCGUGCAAGCCGUGCGCCUUCUUCCACACCAAGGGCUGCGGCAAUGGUUUCGAUUGCCCGUUCUGCCACCUCUGCAAGCCCGACGAGAUCAGGCGCCGCAAGAAGGCCAAGCGGGCCUCAAAACACACCAUCUGCCUCGACGAGGCGCUCGACUCAGUGGGCGCCGAGCUCAGCCAGUAG